AUGGGGGGUCAGCAGCGAGUGGUCACGGCGGAGGGCGCAUCCGAAGUUUAUGCGCAGGCCGGUGCUCCCGCACACAUCGCCGCGCAAGGGCGGCAACCGCAACCAGUCUGGGUGGGGGGGCAGCUGCGAGUGGUCGCGGCGGGGGGCGACGUCCAUUUGGGACAUGGCGAUUCCGCCGGCGUCGCUGCGCAAGGGCCGCAUCUUCAAACAGGCCGGGUGGGGUGGCAGCCGCAAGUGAAAGCGGCUCGGGGCGCGACGAGCGUUAAUCUCCAAAGCGGCGAGGCCGUCCACGCUGCUGAGAAAGGGGCACAUCAGGCGCCAAGCAGCGAGCAGGGUCGGUUUGACACCGCUGUUGCAAGGAUGGCGCGGUCUUCCGAACAGCGAAGCGCGGCCCAAGCUGCUGCAUGGGGUCCAAACGGGGCCAUGUUCACUAGUGCGCUCGUCUAUCGACCUGAAGCGAUGCUGUCUCCUCGAGAGAAGGCUGGCAAUCAAGGUGGAAAGGGUGUGGCCAAGAUCUGCAGUAAGUGCGAUCCCGAAGGAAGACUAGGCAUCAUGAAGGCGGAGCAUGACUGUCCGUUUAGUUUGAAGAACAAAAAGAAGCGAAAGAGAAACUAG